GACAGAGCUUGGCUACGGUUGUAAAAUUCAAAAAUUCGAAAUGUAGAAAGUAGAAUAAAAAGUGCAGGCGCAUUAUAGCAAUUUAAUCAAAGUGGAGUGGAAGUUCUUAUAAAAGGAGUUGGCGUUUGAACUUUUGAAGAAGUUGAAGAUUUUGGAAAUCCAACGCAGAAAAACAGAAACUGAAAAAAAUAAACCCCGCCAUGGCCAUGGGCUCUUCAUCCUCCUCCACCGACCCCCACAAUCACCCUCCCUACGUAAACCCAUCCUCGCGAGAUUCUUCUUCUUCCAGACCAUUAACCACUUCACACCCUCCUUCCUCCCCAUCCCCCAUAUACACAGCCCAACCCAUUCCCGUCAUCGCCGGUAAAACUUCAAACCCCAACCCUCCCGCUCAGAUGGCUAAGAUCCAGGAUCCUUCGGUCCCUCCUCCCCAGGGAAUCCUCUACCCAGUUGCCUCCUCCGGCCGAGGUUUUAUUCCCAAAUCCUUUCGACCCCAACCAGUCGACCAGCUGGUCACCGUCGCCAAUCCCGGUGGCUUCCCUCCUCGAUCCGUCGUCGCGUUCGCCAACCAGGUCCGGCCUUUUUCCUUCCCUCCCGGCGACCCCCAAGUUCAGGCGGUUCACCUGAUGAGACCGCCUCACAUGCAGCCGCCCCAUCUUGGACCCAGACACAUAGGGGCCACUGUUUCAGGCCCUCCUAUCAAGAGCAUUCCCCUCGUCGUCCAUCCAAAGGCUGCUCAAUUCCCAUCUUCAACAUCUGAUUUUAAUGGCUAUAAAGAGUUAAGGGAUAGAAGUAGAGAUGAUACAGUUGUGACAAUUCAUGAUCGAAAAGUCAGAUUAUCGGAUGGUGCUUCUCUUUAUGCACUUUGUCGAUCAUGGGUGCGGAAUGGUUUGCCUCAAGAAAGUCAGCCACAGUUUGGGGAGGGGGUAAAACUACUUCCAAGACCUUUGCCCACUUCUAUAUCAGAGAUUCCUUUGCCAAAGAAAACUGAAGGUGAUGAUGAAGAUGAAAAAAAAGAGGAUGAAGGUUCUGUAGAGGAAUUAUCUGCCCAGGAAUUGUUGCAGAGACAUGUAAAACAUGCUAAAAAAGUUCGGGCUAGAUUAAGAGAAGAACGGCUACAACGGAUUGCGCGUUACAAACAAAGGCUUGCUCUUCUUCUUCCUCCACCAGUUGAGCAGUACAGAAAUGAUGCAGCUAGCAUAAGCUGAUUUGUACUAACUUGAUCUGGUAUCCUCCCCAGAGGUUUUGGCUCUUAUAACUCAUUUGUCUAGUGCUUGGGCAGAGUUUCUUCAUCCAGAGUUCCAGACAGGGAGGUGAAAGGUGAGACGAAAGUUUAGCUGUUACAGCGUUACGGCUUUAAGGUCUUGAUGGGUCAUGGGUCCAAUUUAAGUGGGACCAAAGGCAAGACUAAUAGGUGGAUUGUACAUGAGGAGACGUUUUAUCAAUUUUUCUUGUUGCUUUGUCCAGGAGAAUGGUUAUUUCCAACCUWGUGCUUAAAAUUAAUAGCACCUCACCUAUGACGUGGGUUAAGAGAUUGUAUUACCAAAUUGACAUGUACGUCAGGGGAGCACUGCUUUGCCAAAUGGCAUCUGUAAGUGUAUGAUUUUAGUGACAGAUAAGAAAUGCCAUCUUUUUUUGUUCAA